AUGAGUGUGGAUCCAGGUUGCCCCCAAAGUUUGCCUUGUUCUGAAGCACCCAACUGUAGGGACUGCUCGCCAGUGCCCUUGACUUAUGGGCCUGAAGAAGAUUGUUCGUCUUUGCCAAUGUCAUCUGCGGAGCUGCUCCACACAGAGACUGUGAGAAAGUGUCAUUUUGCUUAUUCCAACAGCUCUCCUCUUCCUUAUGCCAUGGACCUGCUUACUCAGGACAGUCCUGAUUCUUCUACCAGUCCCAAGGCCAAACCACCAGAUUCGGGUUCUGGAGAGAGCACAGUGAAGAAGGAAGAUACUAAAGCCCAGGUCAAAAAGCAGAAGAUGCGGACUGUGUUCUCCCAGACUCAGCUGUGUGUGCUCAAUGACAGGUUUCAGAAGCAGAAGUACCUCAGCCUCCAGCAGAUGCAUGAACUUUCUGGCAUUCUGAAUCUUACCUACAAACAGGUUAAGACUUGGUUCCAAAACCAGACAAUGAAAUCUAAGAGAUGGCAGAAAAGCAAGUGGCCAAAGAAUGGCAAUGGUGUGACUCAGAAGGGUUCUGUUCCUCCAGACUAUCCAGGCCUCCAUUUGAACUGUAGCCAGGGGUGCAUGGGGAGCACAUCUUCAGACCCUCCCGUGCGGAACAACCAGGGCUGGAACCCAGCUUGGAGCGACCAGGCCUGGAGCAGCCAUUCCUGGAGCACUCAGACCUGGUACAGCCAAGCCUGGAACAGCCAGGCCUGGAACAGUUCAUUCUACAACUAUGGGGAGGAGAGGCAGCCCUACGUGCAGUUCCAGCAAAAUUACCCUGUCAGUGAUUUGGAGACCACCUUGGAAACGGCUGGGGAAAGCCUUAAGUAUUUUGGUACCUCACAAGCCUUGGAUUUAUUCCUCAAUUACUCUGUGAAUAUGCAGCCUGAUGACAUGUGAUGACUGAGUUAUUCAGAUUCAGUCAGCGCUGUGGCUGGAUUCCUUUCUUCCUCUAGGAUUUUUGUUUUAGAGCUGGGGUGGGGGAUAAUCGGAGUCUAAUCAAUAACCUUAACCUGCUACAGACAAGAUGUCUCUGGUUACUGAUAAGUAGUUGUAAUACAGGUUUGGGGUUUUGUGUGUGUGUGUGUGUGUUGUGUGUGUG